ACCAGAAUCAUUUCCUAGGCCCGUGAUCCAUCCCCCAACCCUGGGCCCCUGGGUCCUUGGCAGCGAGAUCAAGCUCAAUACCGAAGCGUCAAAGGUCAGCUCCGGGAGGGACAAUUCAGGAAGUUUGGAGGAAAGUAGCAUUGGUCGCCUCACCUCAGCCUGCGGCUUUCAGAUCCAGGGCAAUUACCAACUGCUGGGGCGAUGGGAGUGUGCCGGGAGCUGUGAUCUGUGGUCCCAACUCCCAUUACAACCUAAGAAGCCAAUCAUGUUGUGUCAACAAGGCUGAGAGCCAAAACCUCCAGCCCUUUGAUAAUGCUGGAGUCUAGUGGGAACCAGGUGGCUGGGUUCCAGAGCUUCUGUCGCCCCGGAAUCAACCUUCCUGGUCCUCGGGGGAUGUAAGUGUCCCAACUUGGGGUCUUCAGUGACUUGGGUUGCUCUUGGGGGUCUCAAUCCAUCGCAGAAGCCUGUGGUGGGCCCGUUGGAGGUUCUCUCUUGACACGCUGAUCUCUCAGCUACUGAAAACUCUGUCCCUCUCAUUUCCCGACCCUGGUGACAGCUGAGUCAGAGACAGGCCACUUCCCCUGGAUUCCUGAUGGAUCCCUGGGGGCUGCUCCUUCCUUGGCUGUAUCCCUGAGUCUCCUAUCAACAGCUGCUGAGCGGAGCAGGCUUGGCUCAUUCCUCUGACCUGCCAGGAAGGAGAGAGUCCCAGAGACUGGGCCGAGACAAUCAGACCUGAGCUCCAGGAGAAGGCAGACGAGGAUCGCAGCUGCACGGCCCGUCCUACACCCUUCUCCCUCCUUAGUCUCCAGAGCCCCCAGAAUUCACCUGGAGGUGCCACAUCUAUCCCAAUCCCUGGGGCUCCAGCCCCUUGGGGGAUCUGCAUCCCAGCAUGUCGAUAGCUGUGGAGACCUUCGGCUUCUUCAUGGCAGCCUUGGGACUGCUGAUGCUGGGGGUGACCCUACCCAACAGCUACUGGAGAGUGUCCACCGUCAAUGGGAACGUCAUCACCACCAACACCAUCUUUGAGAACCUAUGGUACAGCUGUGCCACCGACUCCAUGGGAGUCUCCAACUGCUGGGAGUUCCCUUCCAUGCUGGCCCUCUCUGGGUAUGUCCAGGGCUGCCGCGCCCUCAUGAUCACUGCCAUCCUCCUGGGCUUCCUGGGCCUCUUUCUGGGCAUGGUGGGGCUGCGCUGCACCAACGUGGGAAACAUCGAUCUCUCCGUGAAGGUCAAGAUGCUGGCCAUUGCAGGAACCUUCCACAUCCUUGCUGGUACCUGCGGGAUGGUGGCUAUCUCCUGGUACGCUGUCAACAUCACUACUGACUUCUUCAACCCCUUGUAUGUUGGAACCAAGUACGAGCUGGGCCCUGCUCUCUACUUGGGCUGGAGUGCCUCCCUGCUCUCGAUUCUGGGCGGCAUUUGUCUCUUUUCCACCUGCUGCUGUGCCUCUAAGGAGGAACCAGCCACCAGGGCCAGGCUUCCCUAUAAGGCUUCUACGGUCGUGAUACCCAAAACCACUUCGGACGAAAGCAAUGUCAGCUUUGGCAAAUAUGGCAAAAACGCCUACGUGUAGGAGCUCUGGCCUGGUGGACAUGGUUUCCUGCCCUCCUAGCCCCAGCGAAAAAGUGUCCCCAGGAUGCUCGGACCAGUCUCCAGUUAAUAACCUCAGGACAGGCCAUUUCCAGGCGCCACCCUGUGCCUGGAAGCCAUGACCUGCUCUGGGCAUACCUUCUCUGGCACUCCAGCCUCUCCCAGGAACAGAAGCUGCGGGGGGCAACUCACAUGGCCUCCUACAGCUGGACCCAAGGGGACAGAGGUGUCUGCAGCUUGUGAUGCCAUAUAAAUACAUGCAUAAAUAAAUGUAUAUUGUGAUUGUUCAGGGGCUUCAGGGGCCACGAAGUUGCAGCCGAGUGAGGGGCUCACUCUUAAACCACAGACUGUCAAUAUUGUCCACUUUUGAGCUGUCUUGUCCAGUGAGGAUCUGAGUUCAAAUCCCCAGAACCCAUGUAAAAAGCCAGGCAAGGUCACACUCCCAUACCCCCAGCGCUGUUGGGAAGGCUCUCUGAGGCUUACUGGCUUCCAGCCUAUCUCCAGGUUCAAUGUGAGACCCUGUCUCAGAGGUCUAAGGCAGAGAAUGAUAGAGAAAGUGCUGGAAGCCCUCCUCCGACCUGUGCAGGCACACAGACUGUGCACAAACAGCACGCACAGGUUCUCAACAAAAGGCAUUGCCAGUACCCACCUCAGGGAAUUAUUGCUAGCUGGGAUGCUCCCUGGCGUCUCUCUCUCUUGACUCUUAAUCUGUGUUCUUCCAGCUGCAUGGAGGAGCUGUUAAUCCAGAACAGGUGUCUCUCUGUGUGUGUGUAUGUGCGUGUGAACUAGAUUUGGGGUUUAAUAAAGAUAUUUUAAAAGAUGCAUUAUUUACAUGUGUGUGUGUGUUUCUGUGUACCAUGUGCCUGCAGGUACCUGAAGAGACCAACAGAGGGCACCAGAUCCCCUGGCACUGGAAUUACAGGCGGUGAGCUGACGUCUGUGGGUGUUGGGAGCAGAAUCUUGAUCCUCUGUCAGCUGCUAGUGCGCUUAUCCACAGAGUCAUCUCUUCAGUCUCUUAAUAAAGAUAUUCUAAUGUAGACAGAAGCUCAAGCGUCGAGAGAGGACCUUAUAAGAAAGUGAUACCUGCUGGGCAGUGGUUGUGUGUGCCUUUAUCUCAGCUCUUCAGGGAGGCAGAGGCAGAGGGAUCUCAGUGAGUUCGAGGCCAGCUUGGUCUAUAGAGUGAGUUCCAGGACAGCCACGACUGUUUCAGAGAGAAACCCUGUGUCGAAACCAUACACCCCCUCCAAAAAAACUCCAAGCCCACCUGCCUAGGGAUGGAAACACACCCAGUGGGCUGGACCCUCCCUCACCAAUGAACAACUAAGAAAACUCCCCACUUGCCAAUCUGAUCCAGUCAGUCCCCCACUGAGACUCCUUCAGAUAAUUUUGGGCUGUGUCAGUUAACAGCAGAAGUGAACCAGAACACCCACGGUUGUUUUGCACCUACCAUGUACACAAAUACUCACACACACACCAGAAGAGAAAGGAAGGAAGGAGGGAGGGAAGAAGGAAGGAAAUGAAGCCACUAGACAGAAACCUUUAGUCCAGUGGGAGAAAGGGACGGGCUUCUGACUGGUGUCUCCUGCAGCUGAGUGGUGACCGGGCAGGAUCUGCCUCUGGGUUCUUCUAAGCAGCCCUUUCUUUUUCUAUAACAAACCCACUCAAUUGCAUCGGCUCCCCUGCCUGCCUCUUCUUUCCUUUUCCUUUCAGAAAGCCUGAGCCGAGUUGCACAACUGCACACUUAACUGUAUUGAGCAUGACCGUUGGGCUGGGCUUCUGUUUCUUCAGUCACUGUGUGGUCACAUAACUAUAAAAGACCAAGGGCAACUUUAAAAAAAACAAAACAAAACAUUCCCCCCCCCCCUUUUUUUGAGACAGAGUUUCUCUGUGUAGCCCUGGCUGUCCAGGAACUCACUCUGUAGACCAGGCUGGUCUCAAACUCAGAGAUACACACCUGCCUCUGCCUCCUGAGUGCUGGAAUUAAAGGCGUGCGCCACCACUGCCUGACUAACGAAGACAUUUAGGUACUUUGUGUGUGUGAGAGUACACACAUGUGUGCCAACCAUACGUGCAGAAGCCAGGACAACUUGUGGGAGUCAGUCCCAGGGAUCGAACUCGGGUCCUCAGACUCAGCCACAAGUGCCUUACCCACUGUACCAUCUUACCAACCAAAAUUUUAGGGAGAACUUGUCUCAAAGAGCAAAACAAACUCACAGAACUGGAUCUCAUUAGUAGCUUAUUAAGGUCAUUUGUUCAACAACUACUUAGGACACCCUGCUGUACUUAGCAGGGUAAUUUCCAGGGUUACGUGAUUACAGCUUGCAAUCCACUUAGAGAAGCAGUGAUCUGUAAACACCACGUCAGUCUCAGCAGCCAGCACCAUUGGCAACGGGACCUGGGACUUCCCGGGAACGGCUCGGUCGUACGCUGUAGUAAUUCCACACACACUCCACUUCUGACAUCCUAAG